CCCCUUGUGGGGAUCAUUAAAUAAGAUGAGAUCCUGAUCCUCAAUCCUCAUCAAUUUCCCCAGUUCAUCUCACAUGCAGACCUUGAUUAACCCUUCAAAUAAAGAAUAAAACCUUACCCACCCACCUAAAAUCUCCACGCUCUUAUAUAACCCUGGCAAUCUUUCAUUUCAUUUCAACAAUCUUGCCAUAACCCCUCACCAAUGGAGCAUAUAACAACGUUCUCCCUCCCCACAAUCAUCUUUCUCAUCAUCGCAAUUUCCAAGUACAUAAUCUCCUCCAAACGACGUCGUAGAAAGCUCCUCCCGCCUAGCCCACCUUCACUCCCUCUCAUCGGCCACCUCCACCUCCUCAAAGAACCGCUCCACAGGACCCUCAAAGACCUCUCCGCCCGCUACGGCCCGAUCGUCUUCCUCUCCAUGGGCACAGCCCGAAACGCCGUCGUUAUAUCCUCCCCAUCUCUCGCCGAGGAAUGCUUCACCAAAAACGACGCCGUCUUCGCCAACCGGCCCAACACCACCCUGGGCCAGAUCCUCCACUACAACUGCACCACCAUCGCAGCCGCACCUUCCGGCCCACUCUGGCGCGCCCUCCGCCGCUUCACCGCCGUCGAGCUCCUCUCCUCCGCCGCGGUCAACGACUCCUUCUACAUCCGCCGGGACGAAGUCAAACUCCUCCUCCGGAACCUUUUCGAGUCGGGUCAGGGUGUCGGGUCGGGUUUUGGUUUGUAUGAGGUGGACAUGAGGGCGAGGCUGUCGGGUCUUACGAUGAAUGUCAUCACGAGGAUGGUGGCGGGGAAGAGAUAUUACGGCGACGGAGGGGAGCUGGUUGAUGAUGAGUUUGGAGAUGUGGUGAGGGAGAUUGGGUUUGUGCUGACCAACGCGUCGACUCCGGGGGAUUUCUUGCCGGCGCUGCGGUGGCUCGAUUUGGGCGGGACGGAGGCGAAGAUGCGGCGGGCUCAUGCCACGUGUGAUGGGUUUUGCCAGCGUUUGAUUGAUGAGAGCCGGAAUGAGAAUAAAGGAGCGAGAAAGAAUUGUGCGAGUAGGCCGCCUACGAUGAUUGAUGCUAUGUUGGCUCUGCAGGAAUCUGAGCCUGAAACUUACACCGAUGAUGUCAUUAAAGGCCACGUGCUCAUAAUGAUAAUCGUGGGUACGAACACAUUCGCCGUCAUGAUGGAAUGGGCACUCUCCGCCUUACUCAACAAUCCUACCGUCCUCGACAAGGCAAGAAUCGAGCUGCACGCCAUUGUCGGCCACAAUCGACUGGUCGACGACUGCGACUAUCACAACCUUCCUUAUCUCCACAGCAUCAUUACUGAAACGCUUCGCUUGUACCCGGUGACACCAUUGUUGGUGCCGCAUCAGUCGUCGGAAGAUUGCACCGUCGGCGGCUACCACAUCCCGAAAGGUACAAUGUUGAUGGUCAACGCGUGGGCUAUUCACCGGGAUCCUACGGUAUGGGAAGACCCGAGUAGUUUCCGGCCGGAAAGACAUGGAAAUGAGGAGGUCGGCGGCCAGGCGUACGGGUUUUUGCCGUUUGGUAUGGGAAGAAGGUCGUGCCCUGGUUCCGGGCUGGCGAAUAAGGCGAUGUGCUUGGUUUUGGGUUCGUUGAUUCAGUGCUUUGAGUGGGAACGGAAAGGUGAGGAGUUGGUGGAUAUGUGUGAAGAGAGAGGGAUAACUAUGCCCAAGGCGACGCCUUUGGUGGCGAUGUGUAGAGUUAGAGAGUGUAUGAAGGAUGUUUUCUUGACAAUGUAGGUUAAUUAGUAUUAAUAUUAUAUGCAUAAUAAUGACAAUGUAGCUAUUCAAGAAUUUCGCAAUGUUUAAAAGCAUUGCUACUUUAGUUUUUGACUUUAUGGUACAACUUCGGGUCAUACCUAUACUCUUUUGUAAAAUCUUAUAUUGUAAAAACUAAUUUGUACCUUUAUUUGUUUUCCUUGGAUUUGUCCUUAUAGCUCUCAACAAACUCGACCCUCGUCCCACUACGUGCAUCUUGCUAGGCUACUCCCAUCAACAAAGUGCUUACCAAGUGUUUGACUCAGCCUCUCAACGUGUCUUUUUUUCUCGGCAUGUUCCUCUUGUUGAAUACGAUUUCCCUGGCAUACCUUCCUCGGUCAACAACUCACCCUCCCUCCUCCACCUCGUCGGUGGCCUCUUGUAUAGCAGCUGUGUCAUGGAUUCCACUCCCACCAGCACUAGACGUGUCAUCGGUUCUGCCCCAUUCUCACUCCCCUUCGUAGGUCGCUUUCCCGGAAAAGUAUCUCUCCAGCUCCAGCUACGUCACCAACGGCUGCUGUCCCAGCAGCCUGACCAGCUGCACCAUCCCACCCCAUCGUAACACGACUUAAAGACAAUAUUGUUAAGCCUAAUCAUAAAUAUGUGCAGGUUAU